AUGGCUUUCACUGUCAAGAACCUGAUUCUCGUGCUGGCCCUCGCAUUGCUCACCCAUGUCAAUCUCCCGGUCGCAAGUGCCUUGCCCUCUGUCGGAGGUCUUGCAGUCCAUAUGACCAAUUCUCUCGCCGCUCGCAACACCAGCAUGGAAACCGCCUGCCCUGCUGGUCAGCCCCCAAACCAAGCUGGCUGCUCCACCUGCACCGAGUGCUGUAUCUUCCAGUUCAACGACGCGGGCUGCGGUCAAAACUCGGUCGAAGAACUCGUCGUCAAUGACUAUUUUUGCCAUCCGCUUUGGAUCGGCAUGGACAACGUCUGGAUCUCCGAGUGUACCAGUUCCUUCGCUGAGUGCAUGUUGUACAGCAAUCCUGACUGCACGGGUGAGGGCUCCUGGGGCAUUACCAAUGAGCAAGACUACUGCCACCACACUCAGUACUGGAUCAAGAGCAUUCAGUGCUAUGAGGAUUCUGGCCCCGAUACAAGACGACGGACCUGA